AUGGCUUCGUUACAAGGAGGUGUACAAGAAAAGUAUUUGAAGUCUGUAGCACCUGUCGAAAAGCCCGCACCCCCUGCGCCAGCCUGCAAACGCACGGCCGAGGAAUGGGAACGAGAUCGUAUAGAUUUGGCUAAACUAGAAUACGGCAAACAUGCAUUACGUCAUCGUGAAGUUCCGCCAUAUUUUGAAACGGCGAAGGGUCAAGCUUUUCUAAGUGCUUUACAUCGCGGUCCUGAUAUGUUGAAGCUCAGUGCUGAACUCGACAAACAAGCUUGUCCAGUUUCUAGUUCGCUUCACACUGCAAUGAGUGCAUCAACAGAAAUUUUAGAUCAGAGGCAUCAAACUUCUCAUGAAAAUGUUCCGCAAUAUUCAAACUGGUCUAGGUCAACGGUUUUAGAGAACCCAGAUCUUGAAAGAGGACAAUCGCCUGGGGAUGUCUCUCCAGUCGAAAGUAGUACACCUUUUGUCAGUCGUCCAGUGAAUCCUACUCCUGCACAAGCUGGUGGUGUACCUACCUCCGUCGACACGACCCACCAACCCCACCCCCCGUCAAGCAUCGACUGUCUUGAGCAAUGA